GCCCUGCGAGUCUCGUACAAGGUCAGCGGCAUGUGCGUAAAGUAUCCCUGUGGGGCACCGGUGACCCGAGCGGAGCAGUGUGUCAGGACAGCACUUUCUAGAAGCAUCGACUGAGCUCUCCUGUUCAGCAGACCGGCGUGUUUCAGAAACAUAACCGUGUGACCGUGUUAGAGAGAUGGCCAGAGGAAGCCGCAGCCGUCCUUCAGCUCCAGCCAGCCCAGCUCCAUCCCAUGCUCCGGCACCCGCUCAUCCUCCUCCUGCCUCCCUGGCCCCAGCUCCAGCUCAGUCCCAGGGGCCAGGCCUCAUGGCCCAGAUGGCUACCACAGCUGCGGGGGUGGCGGUAGGCUCGGCUGUGGGACACGUUGUUGGCAGCGCCCUUACAGGAGCGUUCAGUGGCAGCAGCAGCAGCAGCAGCAGUCCAGAGCCAGCAAAGCCUACAUACCAGGAGCCCGCCCGACCUGCUCCAACCCAACCAGGCCCCUGUCACUUUGAGGUCAAACAGUUCCUGGACUGUGCCACCAACCAGUCUGACCUGACUUUGUGUGAGGGCUUCAAUGAGGCACUCAAACAGUGCAAGUACUCCCAUGGUGUGACGUCGCUGGUGUGAAGGACGGAUGUCAGCUGUCAUGACCAGCAGAUUUCAGUCAUGAAACAUACUGUUAGACGUGUUGUGGACACCACAUAACACGUACAUCUGAACGCUGUACCUCAGGCAGUGAUGCAUGUUGGUCCUGUUUGUUUUGUUGACUGGUGGCUGUGUGAAAUGUUUUUGGUAAUGGACGGGUGAUAUACAUUUAAUAAAUAGCUAUUAUCUAUUUGCA